AACCAAACAACGAAUGAGUGUAAAGAUUAAGUCAAAUAACUGCAGAUCACGACAUAAUCUAAAAGGCUAGCACUGCAUGUAAAGCCAUGAUAGUUCAAGACAGUGGCGACUGUUCACGAGUGAAAAAGUAAACCACUGAACUUUCAAAAUGUGGAAUAUUGGAACAAUGUUUUUGAACAUACUGACAGUAUUUCUGUUAAUAAAAUAUCUAUCAGUCUGUGGACACUCUGAUUCAUUUUCCUCUAAACAUGCUGGACUUGAUGGAAUGAAAUAUGCCACAUUGAACAUCAAAAGUGACUGUAUGAGGUGUAACUGUGUUGGUCUUACUGCUGACUGCACAUCUAGAGGCCUACUGUCAUUGCCUUUGGAUUUGCCACAGAAUAUUACAACACUCAUGUUAUCCAAUAAUAGCAUAUCAAGUUUGACUGAUGGCCAGCUUGGACAGACUUAUGGAAAUUUGAAAGUGUUGGAUCUAAGUACUAACAAAAUAGUUGUUUUUGGAGAGCAUAUCUUUGAAGGCCUUUAUAAUCUACAGGAUCUCAGGAUAGGCAACAAUCCAUAUAAACCACACCUGUUUCACCCACUCGUUUACAAACCACUACAGAAUAUUCAUAAAAUUCAUGUGGCAGGCUAUGGGGAUGAAUCAAAUGGGCGACCAGGCUCAAGAAUAGCUUUGCUUAAUGCAUUUCAAGGGCUACAGAACUCUACGAUAGAAAGUAUUACAUAUGAACAUAUAACAUUUAUGCCAUUUUUAUUAAAGAGCAAGCACAUGAAAUUUCUUGAGCAUUGCAAUUUGAAGAGAUUUAGUCUUCCUGAUAAUAGAAUCUAUGCGUUGGAGUCUCCAGGACUGAAAUAUAUGCCACAAUUAGAAAUACUGGAUUUGUCAAAAAAUGGUAUUCAAGGCUCAAUACCUGCUCGUGGAUUCCUCAUUGAAUUUUAUUUUAUGAGAUAUCUGAAGGUGAUAAAAAUAGAACAUAACAUUCCGGGAAUGGUAUUUGAUUUGAACAACCCUAUUAUGGCUAUAUCGGAAGAAUUAAGUGGAAAUUAUUGGGCAGUUCCUAAAGCACUUGAAGAGCUGUACCUCACAGAGACCAGAGUGGACAUGGCACCAUAUCAUUUACCAUAUGGAAUAAAGUUACAACGUGAACAUCGGAUUAAGAUCAUAGAAGCCUCUGCUAGUUUUAUUCUAACAUACAUUGGUAAGCCGAUCAAAGGCCUGGUUAAUUUGGAAAGAUUUAUAUUUAAUGACAAUAACUGCAUUAUUGUACCUGAAUUUUUUACAUGUGAGACUGGAUAUUUUGAAAGUUUGAAAGUUCUUGACAUGGCCAACAACAGAGCAAAACUUUCUUCAAAAUCCUCUGUCCACCUUCUAUUCAGAAACUGUUCCCAGUUACAACACAUUGACAUAUCAAACAAUGAUAUUACAGAUAUUGACUCACAUGCAUUUGAAGAUACAACAGGACUUGAAGUUCUGAACUUGAGUGGCAACAAAAUAGAAAGGAUCAUGUUUACACUGACAGAACUGAAAUCACUAAAACUGCUAAAUCUGUCAAAUAAUCACAUACAAACAAUAGAUGGACAUACAAGAAUGGAUAUUGAUAAACUAAGAGAAACAGCAAGCAAGAAUCUAACAAUAGACAUCAGACAGAACCCAAUGAUCUGUAACUGUGAUUCAUUCCAGUUCAUAGAAUGGAUGCAGGCAUAUAAUAGCAUUAUGUUUGAAUGGCCAGAGGUUGCAUGCAUUUACAUCAAUGGCUCAGAGGUAGCGUUCAAAGACAUUGUGUUGCCUGAUAUGAAAUGGGACUGUUGGAAAGCUACAAUUAUUCCGUCGCUUGUUUCCUUUGGACUUGUUGUAGUAGGAAUGAUUACAACCUUAUAUGUAUAUAGACGCAGGUACAAAAUACAGUAUCUGGCCCUCCAUCUGAGGGCAUUACUGAGACGUAAUCAACAUCCUGAUAUUAAUUUUGACUUUGAUGGUUUUUUGAGUUAUAGCUCCUUGGACAAAGAUUGGGCGUUGGGACACAUAUAUGCUCACCUCAACAAUGAAUACAACUAUAACAUAUGCCUGGAUGACCGCAACUUUAUGCCUGGUGCUUACAUUGCUGACAUUAUAGUUGAAAGUAUCAGCAAAAGCAACAAAAUAAUUCUGAUCAUCAGCCAGAAUUUCCUCCGCAGUGGCUGGUGCACAUUUGAAAUGAACCUUGCAAGAGGAGAGCUAGCCACCAGGGGUAGAGACUGUUUGAUAUUGAUCCUAAAGGAACCUGUGGAUGUUCUACCCCCAGAGCUGAUCACACCCACUCUGCGUUCCCUACUGGAGACCUGAGUAUACCUGGAGUGGAGUGAAGAUGAGGACAGGAAGCAGCUGUUCUGGAGAAAGAUGCAAGAUGCGCUAGGUGAGCCUAAAUACCAGGGGGAGGGAGAUACACCAUAUCUACUCCAGGUUAAUGAAGGUGACCAGGAAGUACUUCAACAACUUAUUGGGUAAUCAAAUAUUAUCUGAACAAAAUUAAAUGAAAAGUAUUUUAUAAUAUCUGAUAUGCUAUUAUAUGAUGCAUAUAUAUUGAUGUAUAAUAUAUAUGAUGCAAAAUAUUGGAAUUAUCAGAUUAUGCCCAUGGACAAAGGAUUCAUAUAAUACAUUUA